GUUAUUGUAAAACAGAACAGUAAGUUAUCGUAUUACUCAGUGAAUUCCUUGUUAGUUACCAAUUGAAAUACUCACAUAGGACUCUUAUUUCUGUCUUGCUCUGUUAGGUGUAAAGAUUUCUCUCUGUGUUACUGGAAUCCCUAUUGGAUGCUGCCCUCUGAUGUUUGUGGAAUGAACUGCUUUUGGGAAGCGGCUUUUAGGUACAGUCUGAAAAUAGAGCCUCCUGAGAAAAUGCAUCUUGCUGUAGUGGCCUGUGGUGAAAGACUGGAAGAAACUCUAACCAUGCUGAAGUCAGCUAUCAUUUUCAGCAUCAAACCUCUUCAGUUCCAUAUUUUUGCUGAGGACCAACUACAUGAUAGCUUUAAAGACAGACUUGACAGUUGGUCAUUUCUACAAACAUUUAAUUACACUUUAUACCCCAUUACCUUUCCAAGUGAGAAUGCAGCGGAGUGGAAAAAACUCUUUAAACCAUGUGCUUCCCAGAGGUUAUUCUUGCCAUUAAUCCUGAAAGAAGUUGAUUCGCUACUGUAUGUCGACACUGAUAUCCUUUUUUUACGACCAGUUGAUGAUAUUUGGUCUUUACUAAAGAAAUUCAAUUCCACACAAAUUGCUGCAAUGGCCCCAGAACAUGAGGAGCCUCGAAUUGGAUGGUACAAUCGCUUUGCCAGGCAUCCAUACUAUGGGAAGACUGGAGUGAACUCUGGAGUGAUGCUGAUGAACAUGACACGGAUGAGAAGGAAGUACUUCAAGAAUGAUAUGACAACUGUACACCUAAAAUGGGGAGAUAUACUUAUGCCAUUGCUUAAAAAAUACAAAUUAAACAUCACGUGGGGUGAUCAAGAUCUACUGAAUAUUAUGUUUUUUCAUAAUCCAGAAAGCCUUUUUGUUUUUCCGUGUCAAUGGAAUUAUCGACCAGAUCAUUGUAUAUAUGGAAGCAAUUGCCAAGAAGCAGAAGAUGAAGGAAUCUUUAUUCUUCAUGGGAACAGAGGUGUUUACCAUGAUGAUAAGCAGCCGGCAUUUAGAGCUGUUUAUGAAGCACUGAGAAAUUGUUCUUUUGAAGAUAACAACAUUCGUUCCUUAUUAAAACCUUUAGAACUGGAACUACAAAAGACAGUGCAUACAUACUGUGGAAAAAUUUACAAAAUAUUCAUCAAGCAACUAAUGAAAAGCAUACGAGAUCGUUAUGACAGACCACCAAAGGAAAGGUGAUUCUUGGUGACUGCUAAGUUAAAUGGGUGCAAACAACAAAGUGGCAGAAGAUAAGUGUGAAGGAAUAGUCUUGAAUGAAGUGUUUAGGAAGGAAUUACUCAUUUCCAGAGUAAUUUUUUUCCUGAAGAAGUUAAAUGAGCAGUGUACUCAUGUAAUGAAGAAUAAGUUAAAAGUUUGGGCUCCAAUGAUAGACUUUUUUGAUCUCUGAUGUUUCAUAACAUUACUUGCUGUCAUUCCAGUGUUGAUGAAAAUAUUAUAGUGUAGCCUGCACAGUUCUGCUGGCUCCUACUCUCAAGCGAGUAAGAAUGGUAGGGGUGUAUGGAUGGAAAACGUACCUCAUACACAGGGUGGACACUCAAGCUGUGAGUAUAGCAAUAAUUUUAUGUCAGCACUAACCUCACUUUAAACAUGUGAGAAAAAAAUUGUUUACAGGGACAGAAAAGGUUCUGUUUCUCAAGAAAUGUGAUGUAACCAAUGUAACCAUUGACAAUCUAUGUACCUUUAUACAUUUCAUCUCCGAUCUACAAUAUUUUUGUGACAAUCGUGUUGAAAAUUAUUUUUAGACUAUAAUUAAGCUGCACGAAAAAUUGAGCUGUAUAAGAAAGAAGAAAAAUAGUGAAAACUCUGAGGCAUUAUUCUGUGUGUGUGUGUGUGUGUGUGUGUGUGUGUGUGUGUGUAUGUGUGUGUGGUGUGUGUGCGUGAAAGGGGGAAAUAAAGUGUUUUUGUUUUGUAUGUAUUAUUAAACUGUCUUGCCAAAACUGGGUUCUAAGGUAUUUGGGGAAGUUUUUUGUUUUGUUUUGUUUUUUAAAUCACUUUAAGUGAAAAUUUUCAGCUUUACUGGGCAUUCUGGAAGCAAAAAAUAUUAUGCUGAUAAUAAAGUGAUAACCUUAAUAGUAAUGCUAAUCUGAUGGUGGAAACUGCAAUGGGCCAAAAUAUGUAAGCUAUAUACUUCCUGGAUCAGUAAGUUUAGUUACAAUGGAGUAGAAAAAGUGGUUCAUUUAAACUUCUUCUACCUCAAAAUGGCUUUGCAAGGUAUUUUUGAAAAGCAAAUGUAUAGAGCCUUACUUAAGUAAAUUAGACAACUUGGUGGAUGAUUUGGAUUAGAAUAAUGUUACAUCUAACUACAGAAAAAAAUAAUUUUUAUUGGGUUAAUCUUGCCUUUUUGAAUAUCACACACUUUUUUUUUUUUUUUUUUUAAAUCAGGGAUUGAACCCACAGGCACUUCACAAUUGAGCUACAACCCCAGCCCUUUUUAGUUUAUUUUGAGUCAGUAUCUUGCUGAGUUGCUCAGGGGCUUGCUAAAUUGCUGAGGCUGGCUUUGACUUUGUGAUCCUCCUGCCUCAGCCUCCCAAGUUGCUUGGAUUAUAGGUUUGCACCAUCACACCUGGCCAGGACAGUUAAUUUUUUCAAAGCAAGCCUUGAAGUUGAGAAAAAUAUUACUCUUGGUGUUCUUGACUGCUGUGUAGUUAAUUGUAGAUUCUGAAUGUUAGUACAUACCAUGCUUGGGCACAUAUCGCAUUUUACCAAGCGCUAUGUGCUAUCUUCUUUUUCUCUCUUUAUAUUUUAAUGCUUAAAUAGAGAAGGGAACUCAUGAAGGAAAAAUCAUGCUGUUUGGCCUACACAGUGUCCUUUAUGUAGAUCAGGACUUUGUAGAAAGAAGUAGUCAGUACUUUGUUGUCUGCUAUCUUUGUAGUUCAGUCAGAUACAGAUUGAGAGAGGAAGGUUUAAAAAGGCAGAUUAUUAAUUGAUUCUCACCCCCCAAAAUAAAUAAAUAAAAAUAUAAAUAAAUAAAUAAAGAGAACUGGAUAAGCAGCCCAGUACUCUUAGAACAGAUGGGUUGAGAGAGCAGGAGCCCACUUCCUUGGCAGAGUGCCUUGGUGGAAUACCUGAACUGUGUUGAAAUUGAGCUCUCUGAGAAAAUGAGAAUCCUAAAAUUGCCAUUUUUGGCUGAUGUAUAUAAGACCCUUUCUAAGUGUCUACAAAUGAGACCAUUGCUUAGCUAUAUAAGACUCUUUGGGCAGCUUGUUAAAACUAGAUAUCCUGAGCUUCACCCUUUAGAGACUGAUAUACUCUCUAGGAUGAUGUCUGUUAAAAAAAAAUAUUAUAGAAGAGAUUUAAAAAUUACAAAAAAGUAGGGAGCACAUAGUUCAAUGGUACUCACCAUUCCAAUCUAAUACUGGGCAAUAUUUGAAUUGUUUAAUUUAUUUCUUUUUUCCCCCACUCUGCUGAAGUAUCUUAAAAUCUCAGACAUCGCUGUAAAUGCUUUGGCAACUCCAGAGUCUUGUACCUAAUAAAAGUAGCAGCAGUCCUCUGGCCUCAUCUGAUAUCCAGUCCUUAAGCAGAUUUCCCUGAUGUCUCCAGUAUGGCAUUGUUUAGUUGGUUUGUUAGAAUCAGGGUACAAAGACAAGUUACAUGAUUAUUCUGUUUUUAACAGGCACCUCAGGUGAUUUUGAUGUUGACUAGUCUGGGAACCACUGGAAAUUAUUUGCCAGCCUUAAGGUUGAAGUUAGAGUGCCACAAUUCCUGGCCUAGUAGGUCAAUUAUAAUUGUGAUUUUGAAAUAAGAAAAAACUAUUGGGUUAUUGACAAGAUAUGAGUCUAUUAAGAUUUGAUUUUUCUCAUUGAAUGGAUUCUCUCAGUCCUAUGGGCUCCAGUGUGAGGAUGGUUCUGUGUAGAGUGUGGUCAUGGUUUAAUCCAACUGGAUUGUGUGCUGUGGUCUCCUUUGUAUUGUGGCUUAUUUAUACUGUCCUGUGGCCUACAUUGUGGACCAGCUGGAAGGUUCUUCCUCUGGUCUAUUCAGACCUGAUCUAAUUGAGGAUUUUACCAUAAAUUGGGUUAUGGUGAAAACUGUCUUUUUUUUUUUUUUAAACCUAAAGUCAAUGGUAUCACAGAAUGUCUAUAACAGUUUUGAAGUGAAUUUUCUAAAUUCUAUCUUGAAGGUAAUUUUUUUUCCUUGAGAAUUCUUAAGAAAUGAAGUGCUCAGAUCUAAUAAGGUUAAAUUACAGAUGGAUAACUUGGAGAACAUAAUAUUUUUUCAGUAUAAGAAGUCUUUCAGAAAACAUAGUAUAUCUAUGCAGUUGAUAUAAAUUAUACUAUAUAUUCUUUGAGGCUGUGUGUUAAAAAACACACAGUUUUGACCUCAGAUUUAUCUCUGGGCUACAGUAUCACCAAAGUGGAAAGAUUAAAAUGUAGUCGAACUUCAUUUGUAUAAAAUAGUCAUCUUAAAUGAACUUGGGAAACCUUUAGAAAUAUACUUUGUGAUUUAUAUUUUAAGAAAAUUAUUUUUUCCUCAUGAAAAAGAGUCCAUCAUGCAUACAGUAACCAAGUGAUUUGGGGACAUUUUGAGCCUGCAGUGUUAUUACUGCCUACGCAUUGCUGCAUUGCUUUCAAUCAGAUGGCAGUGGUAGAGUGACAGGAAGACCAGGCUGAGAAAAAGAUCUGGAUUCUCUUCAUGGUCAGAGGCCUCAGGUAUGCUGUUUAGACUUCACUAUGCCUUAGGUUUUUAGGUGGAGCCAGUAUAGUGUGCCCUUCGAACCUCACAAGAGAAGGUGAGACUUCGAAGAAAGAAUGAAUUUGAACACAUCCUGCCUGGUCUGUUACACCACACCAGUGUUAGCUCUAGGUUCUGUUUGGCCCUGGUGGUCCUAUCCUCAGGCUGAAUGUUUUCUGGCAUAUGUCUCCAAUAAGAAUUAUGUAAGGAAGAGUUUUUCAGGAAGAGAAAGUAGAGAAGAAAGAUGAUGAGUAAUCAGAAAAGAAGGAAAAGAGAGGAAGUGAGAAAGGGAGAGGAAAGAGAAGGGAAUGAGAGAAUGACAAAAGGCAGAGUAAAGGAAGGAUGGAAUGAAAUGGGAAAAUUGAGAAGUAGAGAUGGAGAGGAAUGGUGUGGAAGCCUUUUCUGUUGGAGUUGUGCCCCCACCCCCACCCCCACCCCAGGUCACUGUCUGCCUUAGUCCUGCAGGUCAGGAAAGAUGCUGGUUACCUGGCAGGAGGCUCAGGGCCUCGGUUUGUUGACCCUGCAGAUAGAUGCUCACUGAUUUUUCAGUACUAAUGAUUCAACAUUUUAUCUUUUUUUUUACUGGAUCCCAUUGUAUGAUCUGGGACCUAUGGAAGCAAUAUCUUCCAUUUUAACUUUGCCCUUUGGAUUUUGUAAUACUAAAUUUGGAUUAUGUAAGACUAACCACAUUCACCAGGGGAGGCUGGGGUGGAGGGACUGCUUUAUCAGGUCUGGAGGGCAGGAAUCUACCAUAGUAGUUUUCCCAGAUGAUACUGAUAGGAGCUGAGUUUGGGAAUCAUUGCCUCAUCUUGAAUGGUAGCUUCAACAGCAGAUCACAUUGUUUUAUUCCUCAGUAGAGAGGUUUUCAAUUGAACUAUUAUGGCUGCAUUCAAGAGAACAGGAGAUAGUAGAAACACUAAUUAAAGAGGAAAACCUUAAGAGGAUUUUGUUGUUGUUGUUGGUACCGGGGAUUGAACCUAGGUCCUUAUGCCUGCUAGGCAAGCACUGUAACACUGAGCUGCAUCCUUAGUCUUUGCUGUCUUCUUUUUUAGACACUUAUAAUUUAAGUAAUAAAUACCAUAGUUAUAAUGUUUCUAGAAAGACCACUGAUCUGUUUUUAUAAAGUAACAUUUUUGAUUCCUUAGAGUAAAUAGGAAAUAAAAGUAGGGGUGCAAUAUGUCAGGUAUGGGGCCAGUUAUCCAUUUAUGAAAUGCAAUUUCAAGUAUCUUGAUGUAAUCAUCGCCUUAUUGCAUUUUGAUAUUUAAUAAGAGUAGAUUAAUGAUUUGUACUAUAAUAGUUAUCCUUUUAUACAUUGCCAAAGCAACCCUUUUUUGCUUAUUAAAGUAUGGCUAAACUAUUCUGAUGUUUGUUGUUUCUUAAUUCAUUGAACAUAAAGCUAGAUUUUUAAAAACUAAGUUAUAUAAACUUAAGACAAGUCUAAAAGGUGGCAUAAGAAUCUGAAAGAAAAAGCUAUGAGUGAAUAGGAUGUUAUUCAAAAUCUAGCAAUUACAGGAUUAUGAAAAAUAAUAGGAUAGCAUAAAGAAUAGCAUAUUAGCCUGGGCAGUUUAAAAUCUGUAAUCAAUUUGAUCUGCAAAUCAGUGUCUGACUUUGAAAAAUUUGUUUUAUCACCUCAUCUCUAAUAGUUCCAAAUGUCUAGGGGAAUAUUUCUUUAGAAUUUUCUAUAAACUUAGUUUUCAAACAAAAGAGAGCUUUUGCAAAGAUUUUCUCUUAUCUCUCUAAUACUGUGAACACUAGUUGGAAGGUCUGUGCUCAGACAUCUUAAUAUCAAACUUAAGAACUGAUGUGCAACCUUUGAUUAGGUUUAGUUUUAUGUACAAUUAGAAUAUGUGAGCAUAUACACCCAUAUAAUACAUCAUAGCAACCCCUUUUAAAAACUGGUGAAAAGAAUGCAACAGUGAAUAUUCUGUUAAAAAGUAAAUUGAUUUUGACUAUGAUGGACCGUAGCUAUUUUCAAUAGUCAUAUAAAAUCUCUUCAGGGAAUAUUGGAAUGUUAUUUUUGUUGUGCAAAAAUAAUCCAGGGCUUGUAGUAUUUUUGAAGAAUAUGCCAUCCACUCAAAAUUUAUCAGAACUGACAUGUGUCCACAUGCAUUGUCACCAGUAUUUGGGAGUUGGACCAGUGGUUUUUUGAGGGUGCUGUAACAGAUUUGAGAAGGAGACAGAAACUGCACCAGUUCCUGAAAUAAAAAACUGAAAAAGGUUGAAGAUAUCUUAAUAUUUUGAGUAACAGUUCUAAAGCGGCAGGAAGGCAUCAUGGUAUACUGCAGUAUGUAGAGAUUAUUGCUCUGUAACUGCUUUUUACCUUAACCUACUUUGUUUUGAGAGAAAUGUGAAUAUCUUCCUCCAAGUAUUUUGUGUAUUUUGGGAGUUAUUAAAGGAGAGUAUAGAAUUAUACAUUUGGUUCUAACUUGAGAAUAAUCAAAAGUUGUUUUAUUCGGUUUUGAAGGAAUUCGGCUGUGUUGCUGUUACUAAAUAAACAUGUACUCAAUAAAAUGUUUAAUUUUUUUGAA